UGUAUACUGUAUACCAUUCCGCAUCUAUCAUAAGUAACAACACUCGUCAAGAGACAAUUAACAUGUAAUUUCAUUCCUAGUAACUAAAAAAACCUCCCUUUGCAGCCACCACACACCACCAUGGCCAAACCGAAAUCCGACAAACAUGGUGUUUCAGGUAAGUCCAAUGAACUCAUCACUGACUUCGAUCCAUCAAAACCGUCAAAGAAGAACAAGUACGCUUUCGCUUGUGCCAUGUUAGCUUCCAUGACUUCCAUCUUGCUUGGUUAUGAUACUGGUGUGAUGAGUGGUGCGCAAAAAUACAUCCAAAGAGAUCUUGGUUGUAGUGACAAUCAAAUCGAGAUCCUUGUCGGUACGAUAAACAUAUACGCGUUGGUAGGCGCAGCCGUCGCUGGGAGAACGUCCGACUGGAUUGGCCGUCGGUACACAAUUGUCUUAGCUGGAGCUAUUUUCUUCAUUGGAGCAAUCUUGAUGGGGUUCGCUACUAACUACGCGUUUCUCAUGGUUGGCCGGUUUGUUGCUGGUAUUGGCGUAGGAUACGCGCUUAUGAUAGCGCCUGUGUACACAGCCGAGGUUUCGCCAGCAUCUGCGCGCGGGUUCCUCACUUCCUUUCCUGAAGUGUUCAUCAACGCUGGAGUAAUGCUUGGGUACGUGUCGAAUUACGCUUUCUCAACGCUUCCGACUAGCUUGGGAUGGCGAUUCAUGCUAGGAAUCGGUGCUGUCCCAUCGGUAGUCUUAGCCGUGGUGGUCUUAGGCAUGCCUGAGUCACCCCGUUGGCUAAUCAUGCAAGGUCGACUCGGGGAUGCCAAAAAAGUCCUUGAUAAAACCUCCAACAGCUUAGAAGAAUCCAAGCUUCGGUUGGAUGAAAUCAAGGAAGCAGCUGGCAUCCCUGAAGACUGUAAUGAUGAAUUUGUCCAAGUAUCUAAAAGUAGCCACGGUGAGGGCGUAUGGAAAGAGUUGUUGAUCCAUCCGACACCCACCGUCCGCCAUAUCCUAAUGGCGGCUCUAGGCAUCCAUUUCUUCCAACAAGCGAGUGGAAUAGACGCGGUGGUGUUAUACAGCCCGAGAAUCUUUGAAAAGGCGGGGAUAACUAAGGACACGCCGCAACUACUUGCAACCAUAGCCGUCGGAUUCGUGAAAACAUCCUUCAUCUUAGUAGCCACGUUUCUACUCGAUAGAAUCGGACGAAGACCCUUAUUGUUAACCAGCAUAGGUGGCAUGAUCGUAUCGUUAAUGACACUCGGUACCACAUUGACCAUCAUUGACCACUCUGAUCACAAGAUCACAUGGGCUGUAGCUCUCAGCAUUGCUACGGUACUAUCCUUUGUGGCGUUUUUUUCGAUCGGGAUGGGGCCGAUAGCCUGGGUGUACAGCUCAGAGAUCUUUCCAUUGCGGCUGCGGGCGCAAGGGUGUAGCAUGGGUGUGGCCAUGAACAGGGUGGUGAGUGGGUUGAUUGGGAUGACAUUCAUCUCAUUGUACAAGGCGAUUACAAUUGGGGGCGCCUUCUUUCUGUUUACGGGUGUGGCGAUUGUGGGAUGUUUGUUCUUUUAUACCUUGUUUCCGGAAACACAUGGUAAGAACCUUGAAGAAGUUGAGCAAUUGUUUGGGACGUUUUUCAUGUGGAGGUCAAGACAAGCAGAAAUGGACAGAAAGAAAGAGGCUGAAAUGGUAGCCCAUAAGGCCUAAAAUUAAGUUUAGGCAUUAAGAUAAGAAAAUAUGUAUGUAAAUGUAUUAUACAUUAUGUUGUAGUUUGUUCUGAUUUUACUGUAAUGUUCUGAAUGAGUGCUUUCAUUUGUUCUGAUUUUAUUGUAAUGUUCUGAAUGAGUGCUUUCAUUUUUAUAUUUACAGUUAUAUUGUAUUUUAUAUAAAGUAACUUAAAUGAUAUAGUUAAUUACAUAA